AUGGCCAAACAGUAUUUAUUGCCUUAUUGUUACAUUUCUCGGGUUGGCCUUCUUCCCCGCUCGGAUCCCCGAGCUGCACUGUCAAGACUGAGUGGCUUACCGAAAAAGGGGAAGAAAAGAACCUCCUGCUUCCUGCUCCACACCCUAAUAAACCCUUCUUCAAGGUCCUCCUACUGCGUAGGCGUGUCCACGGAGGAGCCAAUUCCCGUUAACGAUGCAGGCUCAAUACUCCAAGCUAAGUGCCUACCUGGCGAUAGAACAUUGUCCACCAACGCCCACCGUCCACGUGGCAAGGCUGAGCAGAGUCCACAUCCGGGCCUCUCUAACUCUCGUGACACUCUCUACCCCCAGGACCCAACAGGAAGCAGGACUCCUGGGUCCCUCGGGCAAAGUGAGCCCCGACGGCGAAUGUGCAGUGGGGGAAGAGCCCGGCAGUCUGGCGGUGUUGGGGGGCGGGCAGCGAGGGCCGCUCAGCACCAGGGUGGAGGAAGAAGAGGAGGGGGAGCAGGGGGGGAGGAGGGGGAGCCCGGAAGACAGGGUAGCCGGCACGAGGCACGGCUGCUGGGGCCGACCUACCUGGGACCUGCAAGUACAGAAAGCGGGCUGAGCUUUGCUCCAGGCGAGGCAGGAAGAGGGAGCCCCGCCCAGCCAGUCUCCCCCCCCCCACACCCCGGCUCCUCUGCCUUCCCACGUUCCCUCGGACCCAGCAGGUCACACUCACAACAGAGACCCCAGCACCCUUGCUCUCGGUUCCACCAGCUCAACUAACAACUGCCAUCUCCAGGACGAUCCGGGCCCCGGGUGAAACUGCGCAUGCGCACAGCUGGCCCAUCCCGGAAGAGGUUUCAGCCAGCUUCUCCAAGGCCUGGAACAAGGUCGAGGGGCGGGACCUCUCCGAGAGUUCCCAGAAAGAGAGAUUACACUUGAAAUGAAAGAAGACUGUUACAAAGCUAAGCAUUUCUGUGAAAGAAACUCACAAGGAAAACUUCAUGAGUGAUGGUUCCUGUGACUUCACUGGGAGACAAAUAUGUGCUGUACUUCACAGAAAUCACAUAGGAGAGAAAUGUUACAAUUGUCAUUAUUGUAGGAAAGAGCCUAGUCAAGAGUCAUCCCUCAUUUGCCAUCAAAAAAUUAAUACUAGAUUGAAACCAUGUGAGUAUGAAGAAUGUGGUGAAGCUUUUAGUGUAUGUUCAUCCUUCAUUAUACAUCAGAGAAUUCACACUGGCAGGAAACCUUAUGAAUAUAAUCAAUGUGGAAAGACUUUUAGAAGAAGCUUUCAUCUUGCUAAACAUCAGGGAAUCCACACUGGAGAGAAACCUUGUGAAUGUGAUCAGUAUAGAAAGGCUAACAGGAAUACCUCUGAUUUGUUCAACAUUGGGCAAUCCACACUGAAGAGAAGACUUAUGAAUGUGAUCAGUGUGGAAAGGAUUUCACACAGAUCUCCAAUCUUGCUGCACAUCAGAGAAUCCACACUGGAGAGAAACUUUAAGAAUGUGAUCUAUGUGAAAAGACUUUCACAAAGAGUUCUACUCUUCCUGAACAUUAGAGAAUCCACCCUGGGGAGAAACCUUAUGAAUGUAAUCAGUGAGCAAAGGCUUUCAGGUGUAAAAGUGAUCUUAGUCUACAUCAGAGUAUCCACAUUGUACACAAACCUUAUUAAUGUAAUCAGUGUGGAAAGGAUUUCAAAUGCAGGACCAGUCUUUCUGUACAUCAGAGAUGCACACUGGAGAAAAACCAUAGGAAUAUGAUCAAUGUGGAAAAUUUUCUGACUAAACUGGAAACUUGCUCUACAUGAGAUAAUCCACAUUGGAGAGAAAAUUUAUCAGUGUAAUUAAUGUGACAAGGCUUUCCCAGUGAGCUCAAAUCUUGUUCAACAUCAGAGUAUCCACACUGGAGAAAUCUUAUGCGUGUUUAGAAUGUGAUAAAACUUCAUGUACACCAUCUCCUAUCCAAACAAAUCUGAUGAAUGAAAAGUCCAUUUCUAGGUAACCAUUUCCUUAAUUGUGGCUAGUGAAUAUUUAAUAAAAGAAUGUUCAUUCAGCUAUCUGUUGUACACCAAAGAUGAAUUUUGGAUGCUUCUCAACACUUACAUGCCCUUAGAUAAGUGGGUGUUACUAAAAGAUACAAAUCAAGUCUAAUUGGUUAAAAAUUAUUGUGAAUGUAUAUUAUAAGCAGAGGUGGACUUACUCUAAUAAGGAGCUGAGGGACUGGACUCAUCACUCAAUGUUGGACAAAUAGCCUUAUCUCUUCCUAGACCACCCAUGCCUAGGGCAAUCUAGAGGAAAGGGGGAAUCCACUGCCCCAAAUACCUGCCUGACUAAAACAGUGGACCAGCAUUUACCCCAAGAUUAAAAUCUCUUUAUGUUUUGGUUAGCUAUAAACUUGCUCAGGGUAAAUCUUGCCUAAAAUUUCAUUUCCUCAUCAGCCCUGCCCUUCAGAGAAUGGCUGAAUCCCCUAGAGCAGCUGAUUUCUGCAUGAAAGUAGAAACUGGGGGGGGGCUGAGGGGGGUGGCGCACAGUACACAGAGCUUAGGCCCAAAGCAAUAAGUGGUUAUUAAUAUGAGAAAAAUUAUAAUUGCUCUCACAUCAGAGAAUCCUUUCUAGAGGAUAUACCUUGUUAAUAUAAUGAAUACAAAAAAGCAUUCAGGCCAAAGUCACAUCCUAUUUCCCAUCAGAGAAUUCCCAUGAGAUUGAAAUGAUAUUCCUAUAAUGAAUGUGGAAAGACAUUCAGAUGGUCUAUAGAGCUUGUUAGACUCCAGAAAAUUCAUCUUAGCAACAAGCCUUCCAAGGAGUCAAUGUGGGAAUGCCUUCAGCAGAGAUAUCCUGUUCCUUUGCAUCAGGGAUUCACGGUGGAGAGAAGACUUAUGUGCUCAGUGAAGACCUGCCUUUCCUUGGAAGAUGCAGGUCAUUCAACAUCAUAGUAUUCACACUGGAAGGAAUCCCUAUAAAAGCAAUAAUUGUGGGAAGGCCUUCAACUGGAGCUCAUACAUGUUUGUAUGUUGGAGAAAUCUUCCUGGAGAUAAAUCUUCUGAAUUUGAUAAAUGAUUGAAGACCUUCGACUGCAGCACAGACCUCAUGACACAUCACAACUCUCUUAUCUCUCCUUGCUAUUCUCUGGAAUUCCUCAUUCCUUUGGGUGUAUCUUUUCCUUUCUCCUUUCCUUCUUUCCUUAGUUAUUUGUAAGAUCUCAUGAAACAGCCAAUUUGCUUUCUUGCUCUUCUUUUUCCUUGGAAUAUUUUUUGUUGCUGCCUUCUGUACGAUAUUGCAAACUUCGGUCCAGUCCUUCAGGCACUCCAUCAGAAGAAAUCCCCUUAACCUACUUG